UUAAAUUUACCACAGGCCAGCAAGCAAAGAUUUUUAACUUUCUCAUGUAACAUACAAAAUGAAUAUUCCGAUAGCGAGUCAAUUAUUUAUAAACAUUAGACAAAGCAUAAGCCCUACUUUACUGGUUUACAACCUUUUAGUCGAUUUCGUAGUUUUAAUGUGGUGACUGGAAUAUGCUUUUGAAAUUAUUUGCACUAGUAUUUUUUUCUAAAGUUACUUGGGAAAUUGAAUUAAACGAACGAUGGAUCUUCCCUGACUAUGAUUUUCAUUCGAUAACAGAAAGAUACAAUUUAAGACGAAGAUUUCUUGAUAGGAAAAUGGAGAAUAAAAAUCAAGAUAUGAGAUUGAAGUUAUUUGACACUUUAUCAACUAACACUGUGUACUCAGAAAAUAUACUACACACGAAAAUAAGUGAACAUAACUCCAAAGACUACGAAAACAUCUUCAGACAAUUUUUAACUAUGAAUGGAGUAACAUAUGUCUACAAAAGAGGAUUUCACUGGCGAACAUGGAGGAAGAUAAAUAUAAACAAUAAUGAAACAGUUGUGUGCUACAAGUGUCAGAAUUACUUAAAUGCUUCGUGUGCUAAAUGCUACAAUGGCUAUUGGAUUAUAGAUAAGAGUCCACCUUGCCCUUAUGAAAUCUAUUCGUUAAUACAACCAAAAAUAUUAUGCGUUAUUAAUAUAACACAAUAUUAUAAACCAUUUGAGCACUGUCCUCAGAUAAUUAGCUUGGAUAAAUUGAUGGAAACAUGUAGUAAUCCAAUGGAAACAAAAUGGAGGAUUCUUCGUAAUUACUCUGGAAGCGAGAAUUCGAUAAAGAUCUGCCAAGGAAGAGAUAAUUGCGAAAUGACAACAUUAUAUUCGAUAAACCAAGAUUCAAUCACAUUUCGUAUAAUAAAUUCAACCAAUCAAAUAAUUUACUCUCGUGUAAUGAAAAGUGGUCAAACGAAUUACGCAUGCGUUGAUGAUUGCGGUUAUAUAACCCCUCAUCAUGACAUUGUUAAAAAUGACAAACACAUUAUACUUGAUUUAUUACAUAACCUAAAAAACAAAAGAGAGAACUUGAAGGAAAAGUUUAUUACAAGCAAAGUUCAUCAACUGGCAACAUCGAGUGGAAAAAAACCGUUACCUAAUAUUCUCGAUUUCAAAAACAAUGCUAUAACGAUUUAUAAAAAGCCAAAAAAGAAAAUGUUUAAAUAUAGUUCGGGAGAAUGGUUUAAACCGGUAAAGUCGGUUAUGAUAAAUAAGAAACCGGUAAAUGAAAAAACACAAUGCAAGAAAAUUCAGGACUUCUACGAGGAAGUUGAAAAUGGAUCAGAUUAUUAUGAUUAUUGAAAACUCAAAUAAAACAGUUGUUUGACUUU